AUGGAAGAAGAAUUAGCAAAUACGUUGUUGGAAGCUGAUCAAGAACUUGAUGAUGAUCUUGAACCAACCAUUGACUUCAAGUUCUUGACAUCCUUCUUGGAGUCUGAUGAUGAUCAGACACUUGAUGAUGAUCAUGAAUCAACCAUUGACUACAAGCGACUCACGUCCUUCUUGAAGUUUGAUGACUCCUUCUUGACGCCAUGGAAUUGGAACCCAAACCCUAAUGCCUCUGCCUGUGACGACAGUACAUCAAGUGUGGAGACAAAGCAAGAAUGCAUCAUGUUCCAACCAUGGCUCGUUCUUUUGCGACGAGGAGGGCGUGAAGAAGACACAGAAGCCUCAUCAGUAGUCUACAAUGAGUAA